AUGGAUUCUACUACUACUGAUGAUGAUGACUCUUCUUCUUCUUCUUGUUCUAGUAUUAGUAGUAGCAAAGUUUUGUGGUUAAUUGCAAUACCAUUGAUUUUAGUUUCAUUGUAUUUUGGCUUAAAAAGUUCAACAAGUUAUGUUUAUGCCAAGAAUGAUCAUGAGAAUAUUAGUCCUCCAAUUGUUCAAUUAGAAAAAAAGUUGAUAAGCAAUUUAGAGAAAGUUGAAGCUGGUCUUGUUAGAGUAAGAGUUGCUAUAAAAGAAGCUCAAAGUAAAAAUCAAACUUUUGAUGAUCCCGAGUAUGUUCCUACUGGUCCAAUUUACUGGAACCCCACUGCUUUUCACAGAAGCUACAUGGAAAUGGAGAAACAUUUCAAGAUUUACGUAUACGAGGAAGGUGAGCCCCCUGUAUUUCACUAUAGUGCUAGUGAAGGAAUCCUGGGAAUUGAAGGAAUUCUGAUUCAUCACAUAGAGAUUAGCAAGUUUCGGACGAAUGAUCCUGAGAAAGCACACGUUUACUUCCUCCCGUUCAGUGUCUUAUCGAUUGUCAGCUAUGUUUAUGUUGUCAAUUCUCGGUCAUGGGGUCCUAUGCAGAAUACAGCAGCAGAUUAUAUUGAUGGUAUAUCAAGAAAAUACCCUUAUUGGAACAGAAGCCUUGGAGCUGAUCACUUCAUGCUUGCUUGCCAUGAUUGGGCUCCUACGAUUUCCUUUGCAGUUCCUUACUUGUAUAAGAACUCGAUACGAGUACUAUGCAAUGCAAAUACCUCCGAAAGAUUUGAUCCUACCAAGGAUGUAUCCUUGCCAGAAAUCUAUCUCCCUCAAGGUAAGAUGGACGGCUUAAUUGGAGGUCCGUCUCCAUCUCAUCGUUCUGUUUUAGUUUUCUAUGCGGGAGGAAUCCAUGGCUACAUAAGGCAAGUGCUAAUGGAGCUGUGGGGAAAGAACGAUGAUUCGGAUGUGCAAAUUCACGAGUACCUUCCGAAGAACAUGUCGUACUAUGGGAUGAUUAGAAAGAGCAAGUUCUGUAUUUGCCCGAGUGGUUAUGAAGUAGCUAGCCCGAGAAUGGUUGAGGCACUUUACAUGGGGUGUGUACCAGUACUGUUGAAGGAUCAUUAUGUAGCGCCUUUUAACGAUGUUUUGAACUGGAAAAGUUUUGCUGUUCAAAUGAAUUCGACGGAUAUACCUAAUCUGAAGAAGAUCUUGAUGUCAAUAUCUCAAACUCAGUACAUCAGAAUGCAGAAAAGAGGCCUUCAAGUUAGAAGGCAUUUCGAGGUAAAUUUUCCUCCGAGAAGAUACGAUGUUUUUCAUAUGAUUCUUCAUUCCAUUUGGCUUAGAAGGCUAAACAUUCAAGUCCAUGAUACUAAGGAUGGAUGA